AUGUCCAAUAUCACCAAAAAGGCGCUUCGUAAGCAUGUCCUGACAAGGCUUGCCAAUUUGACACCCGAGUCCGUUUCUCGCCAAUCGAGUUUAGUUUUUCGGAGUUUACGAGAAUCUCCGGAAUUUCAACAAGCUAACUCAAUUGGACUAUACAUGAAUAUGCCAACAAUGGAAAUUCAUACUCAAGACAUAAUAAAGCUUUGCUUUGACCUUAACAAGAAAGUAUUCCUUCCCAAAUGUGUUGACACAAAGAUGGAAGGCAGGAGAUUGCGGCAUCUUAGAUUCUUAUCACUUCCAACUAUGGAGAGUGUUUUAUCAUUAAAGCCCUCUGGGAAAUACAAUCUUCGUGAGCCACAAGAAGGUGAAGAUGCGAUGGAAUCUGGACAGCUAGAUUUGCUUAUCGUACCAGGAGUUGCAUUCUCGCUAACCGGCCAACGUUUGGGCCAUGGUGCUGGUUACUAUGAUGAAUUUCUCCAAGCAUUCAAUUCAAAAUUUGGAAGAACUCCUUACCUUUUAGGCUUGAGUCUCCAAGAACAGAUUGUCGAUCACAUCCCUAUGGAAAGUCAUGAUUGGCAUUUAAAUAAAAUUGUGUCUGCUUCAGACAAUAAAUAA